AUGGAGGGGAAUGAUAUAAAUGCCAGCAAUUGUACAGCUGUAUACGUGAUUCACAUCACAUACUUGCCCUGGUCCAGCACGAAGCGGCGCUGUACAAAAUCUGCAAAAAUCACAAGUGUUAUUCUGGCCGUUUUAUUACUGGCUGGUAUCGUUUUGGGAGCUUUAGCCGCCACCGGCACUUUCUCGAGCUCGUCCUCGAGUGAUGCUACCGCACAGGGGUCGGCAUCGCAUGAAUCGCCCCCCAUCGUAUCUUCUGGGAUACCUACUGCCACCGGGAUUUUACCAUCACCAUCUGCCACUCCUCCGAAGAUAAAUCUGUCCGCGGAAGUGAUCGCUUUGAUGAAACCGCGGCUAGAGGUGCUAGAGAAUUUGACGACAUCUUGGACGGAGUGGAAAGCACAAUGCGGCGACGGCAUAUGCGGUGACGGUGAACGGUGUCGCACAUGUCCUCAGGACUGCCCAUGCACAGCGAUACCUGGAAAUGGCGUGUGCGAAGAUGGUGAGAACGGCAUAUCAGCUCCGGAUGAUUGCCUUAAAACUAAUAGUGUGUGUGGGAAUGGGAUUUGUGAAGUUGGUAGCGAUUUGGGAUACCACAACUUCUAUGAGACGCCGUAUAACUGCCCUAUCGAUUGUCCACUUUUGGACGUGUGUGGUAACGGGGUUUGCGGCUCGACAGAGAGUUGUUUCAGGUGUCCAUUGGAUUGCGGUAAUUGUGCACCUAUAUGUGGCGAUGGAGAGUGUAGCGCAACCACUGGAGAAACAUGUUCGACAUGCGCAAGAGACUGUGGUUUGUGUGAUCCAAUCAGCAAUGACAUGAUCUGUGCCUGGCCCAAAGAAACUAGUGGCACGACACCAUUAGAUUGCACACCCGCAAUUAUUCAGAAUUGCAUUGUUAUGCCUUCCGGCGUCCUAUAUGCGACACUAGGAGGAGCUGUCCCCGAACAAGUUGUAUUUGAAGAUAGCGACUGUGAAAGCACAGAGACGUAUCUGCCUAAUGGGUGGAAAGUGGCUGACAACACUCACCACAGUAAGGACGCAGCAGCAACAUAUCCCUUUUCGACACCUUGCUUGGUUCUGAGCAACGGUACAGUGCUGCCUACCAUAGGAAAUAAUGCAUCUGACUGUCAUCCAGUCCCUCUCGUGGGCACCACUCAAAGCGAUCGAAGAGUUUCAGUGAAGUUCCUCGCUGAACUCUGCCCUGCAAGGAUCUUGAUAGAGCAAAUUGACAGCGUGCUGAGUGCACCGGGAUUCGUUGCUGUAGCAUGCCCCGCGAACUGCAAUGAGCAUGGAUCAUGCGAUCCAAUUAACGGCAAAUGCACAUGCGACAGUCGAUUUACAGGAACUGACUGCGGCCGCGUUAUCGGCGAUAUAUCUAUUUCUGCAACUCAUGAGACAGAGGAAAGAUUCAGACCCAAAAAAGGAAUCAGGUGGCAGUGGUAAUUACAGGAUACGAUCGACGAAUCGCAUGAUGUCCCACUAUACGAUGUCGAUUUCGAUACGCCCGCUAGUAAAAUAGCGUCUCUCCACGCAGCAGGGCGAAAGGUGCUGUGCUAUUUUUCGGCUGGAAGUUAUGAGGAUUGGAGAGCGGAUCAGGCCUUGUUUCCUGAUUUUAUUAAAGGUGGACCUCUACUGUUUGGUACUGGUGAUGUAUUCAACGACGAGGCCUGGUUAGAUCUGCGCCGAAUUGAUAUUAUCGGACCGAUAAUGAUGGAUCGCUUCGAUGCUGCAAAGGCAAAGGGAUGCGAUGCAUUGGAGUUGGACAAUCCGGACAUAAUUAUUCAGGAACAUGGACUAGAGGGAAACAUUGACCUGACUCUUCAGUUGCAGUUUGAUAAGUGGUGUGUGAGACAGGCACAUGCACGAGGCAUGUCCGUAGCACUGAAGAAUUCGAAUGAAUUCGCGUUCCUUCUGAGUGACACAUACGAUAAGGUGGUAAACGAGGAAGCCUUCAUCAACGGAAAUACUGAUAAUUAUUGGCCCUUCCUCCACAGAUAAGACAAACAACAAGGUGACAUAGAGUCUACCAUAUUUCAAGCAUCAAAGCGAUGACAAUGUCGUUUACAUCGGCUCGGUAAAAAUAUAGCUGCACUCUUUGAAAACUUUCAUCUGAUAUCCUUCAGCUACUGAUCAUUUUAUUCGUUUCUUGGUACUCCUUCAAAUGAGGACUCGAAAAUAUGAUAGGAAACAUACUGCGCAUGCUGAGGCAUUGAAACCGUUGUUAAUUUGAAUACUGUAUCCGUGUUCCCUCCGAAUACAGGGAUAAGCCUGUGCUCAACACCGAAUACUUCACGUCCAGAUGCUUUUACUGUGACGCUGCCAAAUCAAUGGGUGUCUCUCAACGAUCAAGAAAAGGCCGGGUCUAGGCAGCUGCAUGGUGGAUUGCACAAUGAAUAUGCCCCUGAGUGUGACUUCUGUUUGCGAUACUAUCGGGUUCCACACAGCAGGUAGGGCCAAAUUCCCCGCAAACGCAGACGGAUGGUGCCCAUUGACCUUGAACACGGACACUGCUGAAUGCGCAGAUGUCCGGUUUGCCGAUUGCGAGCCAUCGUACGGAUAUUAGUCCUUCGUACGGAUAUUAGUCCUGGGUUUAUAUUGGAUAGAGUCAGGAUAUCCUAUUGCAACUGAGUAAUCUACAUAAUAAAAUAAAUUGACUGUUAGUUAGG